AUGAUUGAUAAUGUGGAUAAGGAACCCAUUGAAAAACGUUUGGACUUGGUUAAACCACUGUUCGAAGCUCUAGAGUUUCUUCCAGAUGAUUUGCAAAGAUCUUUUAAGGAUGAAGUCACUCAGCUAAAAGAUAAAGUUGCCGAAGAAAAUCAAACAUAUAAAAAUGAAAUAGAAAAAGUUUUUAAAUAUGAGACAAUCACUGAUGAAAUGAUUAAAGAUUUGAAUACAUCGGCAGAGAAAUGUAAACAGGCAAAACAAGAAGAAUUGUUAAGAAUUUUACGUUCAAGAGUUUCAGAUAAAUUAGAUCAUUAUUGGAAUUUAGUUCAACAAUCAUUUGAAAAAGAAGAGAUUCGAUUAGGACUCGAGAAUAUCCCAAUCAUUUUGAAAUUUCAUCUUUAUGCACCGAAUAUUCCAGCUAGUGAAAGAUAUUUGAAGUUAGUUUCAGAUUUGUUUAGUGGAAAAAUACUUCUUUAUUCCAAAACACUUUCGGACGUGUUUUCACUUCAUAAACUUGAAAUUGUUGAUAAAGGUCUACAAAAUCUAAUCUUAUGUUUGGAUUUCGUUCAUUCUUAUUGUUCGCAAAUCAACGAUUUCAUUCCGGAAAAAACAUUCACAAACGCGUCUCUCAGUUUGAAUAAAUUAUCAACUGAUUGGCAAGUGUUAAUCAACAAUUUUAACACUGCUUUGAAAGCAAUGAAUAUCAGCGUCAUUAAGGAGUUAUUGCAAACGGCUUCUUCAAUAAAUCAAGUUCUCGAAAAAUUUCAUUAUUGUAAAUGUGAACAUUCAAUGAUGAAAUCGUUUCUUAUACAAAUGAAACAAAUACCUGAACAUAAUAAGUUAAUGACCAGUUUUCAAGAAGAGAUCCGUCUAUCCGCGUUAGUUUUUCAAAAAGAUUUGAUUAGUGAUAGAACCGAACGAUUUGAAGCAGAUCGCGAACAAUUUUUCAGUAAACUUUCAGCAACAUUACAAAUGUUUCAAUUAAUUGAGAAAGAGUUUUCGAAUAAAUUCGCAUCGAUAUUCGUUUUUGAACAAAUUGAGAAAGAUCUGAAGAUGAAAAUUGAAAAAAUCAAAGAAAAACUUGUUUCUUCUUCGAAUCAAACGAGUCCAACUUCAGCCGAUGCAGAUCAAUUUCGACUUUAUUACAAUCAUCUUCUUUCGAUUGAAAAGCAUCUUCAAUACUCUGAUCUUCAAAUUCGUCAAACUUUAGAAUCAGCUGAAAAAUCGAUACUUGACAAAGUUGAUCAAUCAGCUAAAGAAAUCCCUGCUGCUAAAGAAGAUUUUGCCAAAGUUGCUCAAUGUUUAAUCAGAAUGAAGUUUUUCGCAGAGAAUUUCUCAAUGUUUGACACGAAGAUUAACCAAAGUAUCGAUGAAUGUUUGAAAAAUUUUCGAGCAAGUCAAGGACCAGCAAUGGUCAGUCAAUUAACGAUGAUUUUAGAGGGAGACGAAAUAGGUUCACGGUUAAUAUCCGAACAUUCAGUUUUGAGUGGUGAAGAUUGGAGAAAACGAAGAGAAAAAAUGCAAAAACAAGACGAUCUUGAGUACGUUUUAAGAGAAUUACACGGAGAUGAUGUAGAUAAAGAUACGAAAGUGGUUUUAGAAAAGCGUUAUGCCGUUUUUCGAAGUACAUAUGAUGAGUUAAUAAAGAAAUACUUAGCUAAAUUUAAUCCCAAAACUGAAAAGGAACCGAAAUUGGAUAGUUUAAUAUCGGAAAUCAAAACUUUAAUUCCUAUAGUAUCUCUCAAAUCUGACAAAGUUGAAUGGAAUGGUUCAAUUCGUGAUCAAAUUCCUGAAAUCUUAGCACACAUUUUUGCUGUUUGGACUUUGAAAAAUACGCAACAUUAUAAUAAUAUGAGAGGAAUCGAUUCCGAACGAGCUUAUCUUCUAAUGCCACAUGUCGCACAAAUUAUCUCGAUCUUUCGUAUCUUUGGAAUUGGUUUUAAAAAAGAUGCAACAUUGUUUGGAUUUCGAAUAGGUUGGAAAAGAAUCUCCAAGGACUUGGUUGAUAAUCUAGUUGAAGUUGGAACGGGUGAAGGAAAAUCAGUAAUCUUAGCGAUUGUUGCGUGUGUUUUUGCUUUGCUCGGAAUGGAUGUGAAAUGUUCAUGUUAUAGUGAAUAUCUAAGUCAAAGAGAUAAAAAUGACUUUGCAUCACUAUUCCAAGCAUUAGGCAUAGAUGAAAGAAUUGAAUAUGGAACAUUUAAUAGAUUGUGUGAAAACUUUUUGAAUGAACAAUGUAAUCUGAGAGAUAAAGUACGAGAUAUGAUUUUACAAAAUAAAAAUAGUCUUGAUCAAACGAAUACAACAGUGAAAACUCGUCCGAAAGUUUUGCUAAUCGAUGAAGUUGAUGUUUUUCUUAGCGAGAAAUUCUACGGAGGAUUGUAUACACCAUCUGUGUUGAUACGCGAUCCGACAAUUAAAAAUCUGCUAAGUACUCUAUGGAAUAAACGAUAUCUUCCGCCAUUGCGGAGUAUAAAAAAUACAUCAGCUUACAUAGAUUGUGCGCAGCGAUUCAGUAAUUGGAUUUUUCUUGUUGACGAAGCGAUAAAAAGUAUGACUUGUGCUUUACAGUCAUAUCAAUCAUCGACAUACGCAGUUAAGAACGAUCGAAUUGUUUAUAUCGAAGGAGAAUCGUAUGUAGAAAAUGUUGUUCGUGGUUAUGAUACAAUAUGGGCAUAUUUUCAUGAAAAUAAAAAUGGUCUUAUUAGUGAACAAAGUUUAGAAAUAAAUGUCGGAAUUAUUCUUAGUUGUGGAACAUUUUCGUAUGCAUAUAUGCCCAAAGAUUUCAGUUAUAUCACCGGAGUUUCAGGAACCUUAAGAACACUUGCUAACGCUGAAAAGAAAAUUCUUGCCGAAGUUUACGGAAUCUUCAGAAAUACGUUUAUGCCUUCGGUUUUUGGUAAAAGUAAUCGAAAUUAUAAUUCAAUCAGUGAUGUUGAAGCGGUAGAGAAAUCUGAAUAUUUUACACGAAUUCGAGGACAAAUCGAUACAAUGGUCAAUGCCCAGCGCGCGAUUCUCGUUUUUUUCGAAUCCGAAGGACGUCUGUCAGAAUUUUAUAAUUGUGAUCUCUUUGUAGGGAUGAAACAAUCAGUACAGAUCAUAACUGAGGGAGUUUCAGCGAAAGACAGAGAACUUUUUGUAAAGCGCGCAGCUACUGAGGGUAGAGUGACAUUGUUGACACGAACAUUUGGACGAGGAACAGAUUUUAUUUGUCGAAAUCAACAAGUUUUAGCGAAUGGAGGAGUUCACGUUCUACAAACAUUUUUUUCUAAAGAACUAUCGGAAGAAUAUCAGAUUAUGGGUCGAGGAGCGCGACAGGGUGAUCGAGGUUCAUAUCAAAUGAUUUUGUUAGAAAAUGAUUUAGAAUGGGUUCUGGGAUCCGAUUGGGGGAAGGAAGUGAAAGAGAUUAAAGGUCAAACUCUUUACCAAGCUUUAAACAAUGAACGAACUAAAUUGUACGAAGCAAUCUGUGCGGGAAAAAAAUUUGGAAUCACUCAAUGUGAACCCGAUCAUAACAAAUCGAAAGAAUUUCUUGAUGCGAUUAUUGGAGGAAAUAUGAGUACUGUUAAGAAAUUUCUACUUGAGCAAAAUCUUGGACCGAAUAUCUACUCGCAAGUUUCUCGAACAGUUUUGUUAAUGGACGCAACAGGGUCGAUGUCAAGCCUUCUAACUGCCACAAAGGACACCGUUUGUACCAUGUUCGAGCGCGCUUCAGAUAUUUUAAAGGAGAAAAAAUUACCGAGUGAUAUCUUUUCGAUGCAAUUCGUUGUUUAUAGAAACUACAAUUCGCAAGCCGAUAAGAUUUUAGAAGUCUCACCUUGGGAAACCAAAGGUAGUGGGCUAAGAGCGUUUAUGAAUACGAUUGGACCAGAAGGAGGAUGGGGAGAGGAAGCGAUUGAGAUUGGAUUAUGGCACGCAGUUAACGAGAGUGAAACGAAAGAAUCGAUUUCACAAGUGAUUUUAAUUGGAGAUGCACCAGCAAAUUCACUUGCAGAUGUUUCUUCGAAGAGAUCGUGUUUUGGAGAAAAUUAUUGGAAAAAGACGAAGUUUUCUAAACCGACUUUUUAUCAAGAUGAAUUAAAGAAAUUGAAAGACAAAGAUAUUCCAAUCCAUACAUUUUAUUUGACUAACUAUGCGAAGAGUAAUUUUGAAGAAAUUGCCCAAGAAACAAAAGGUCGAUGUGAAUCACUCGACAUUCGUUCUAGUGCAGGAAUUGAUGCUUUGACAAAUUAUGUUACUGAAGAAGUGUUGAGAAAAGCAGCAGGCCGUCAAGGAGAAGAAGCUGUUAAGUUAUAUAGAGAGAAAUACGGUAAAGUCACUUUCACAUCGUAG